AGCUAAGGCACGAGGUUUGCGAGAGGUUUUGUGGUGGUCCAGUGAGAUGCCCUGCUAGCAUGAGCUCCAGUAGGCCUGAGGAGCAGGGAGGAUUGCAAGAAGCUUAGUCUAGGCCAUCAAGCCCCACAAUGGUGGCCUGGAAAGACAUGUCUGCUAAAGAGUGCCUGCGGGAGCUGCGCGCGAAGCCAAUCUGGAGUUCGAAGGCGGUGGCGCUCUUGCUCUGGCUGCUCGCUCUGAUACUGCUGUUUGUGGUCGUUGGCCUCAUCUUGUAUGCCACUGCAGGGCAACAAUGGACCGAACAGUUCGUCUUGAACUGCGACACUCGCUUCGAGGCCAUCCAAACCCUAUUCAGGACAAACUUCCUCGCGACCGGGGUCUUCGGAGGGCUUAUGAAAGCAGUCAUGCCAAAUUCGACGCAGUUUACUCAGUUUGCAAACGAGACAGUGUGGACUCGCCCUUACACCCCCUCGCUCUACUGGGUUCAACGGGUCGUGGAUGCUGACAGGCCAGCGAUAGAGGCGCAGCUAGGGGCGGAGGUCCACUCCUUCUAUCGGAACCAGACUUAUAUGCCGCUGCCAAGAAACAGCUCGAGCAUCUACUACGUCGUUAUAUACCUGUAUGGCGAUGAUCCGCAAGCAACCAAUGCCAGCCUAUAUGGGUACGAUCUGAGCACAACGGUCCUGGCGGACUAUAUGUACACGGCGCGUGAUACGGGCAUUCCUCGGGCCACUCCUGCGGGGGACGUUUAUGGAACGAGGGGCUUCUUCUUGUUCUAUCCCGUGUAUCGCCUGCCCGACAAGGAGGUUCUGAAUGCCACAGUCCAGAGGAGACGGGACAGCCUGUAUGGCGUGAUCACGGCGUUCUUUGAUCUGGGAGAAAUCUUUGCAGACGCGCUACGGCCGUUUGAUGAAGGCCACCUGACGCUGCGCGCGUAUGACGUCUCGGACGAUGAGCUCUUCUUGCUGCCAACCACGGACCGCGAGCUCUUCAGACAGGAUGCGGGGAACUUGACGGACAACUCUAACAGGUGGGACUACGACCACCUGCGCACCUUCACGUUCGGCCAGCGCAUGUACCAGAUUCAGUGCAAAAAGGACCAGAUGCCCUUCUUUGAGGGCGUAAAAGCAGGGUGGACCUGGGUGCUGUUCACAAUCGUGGCCUUUCUGCUCUUUGUGAUUGUCGGCCUCUCCAUACGAUCAAUGAAGGUUGCCAGGAAGGAAGUCGCCGAGCUUGCCAAGUUGAAUUCGAAAAUGGCGGCCGCCAAGGAAGCGGCGGAGGCGGCUGAUGCAGCCAAAUCGAGCUUCAUUGCAACUGUGUCGCACGAGAUCCGGACGCCAAUGAACGGUAUCCUGGGAAUGAUUGGCUUGCUGGGAGAGACCAAGCUGGACAUUCGGCAGCAGGAGUACGUCAAGACAGCCAUGUCCAGCGGGGAUGCGCUGGUGGCCCUUAUCAACGACGUCCUGGAUCUGAGCAAGAUCGAGGCAGGCCACAUGGAGAUCGAGUGCACGUCGUUCAGCAUCCGCGAGACAGUCGAGACGGUCCUCGGCUUGUUCAGCGACAAGGCGCGGCAGAAGAACCUGGAGCUGGCGGCGGUUGUCCAGGACGCGGUUCCGGGGACACUGGUCGGAGACCCUGUGCGCGUGCGCCAGAUCCUGAUCAACCUAGUUAGCAACGCACUCAAGUUCACGGAGGCAGGCAACGUCCUCAUCACGGUUCAGCUGCGCCCCCCCCCCCGGCGCAGCGACCACGUCUCCCUCAACAUCGAGCCCGCUCCGAAGCUGUCCCUAGAGUCCGAUUCCGACCUCUCAACCGCUCCCAACCCCUCCGAGGACGGGUCACAUUCCAGCCAACGCGGCCUGCUUGCUUUCCUCCGAAAAGGCCGCAAAACCGCCGCGCUUGCCAGUUCCGACACGAUGUUGCGGCGGCGGAAACCCUUUGGGGGGGACGACGAUCCGGGGAAAGAGAGCGGACCCACGCCCCCCCAAGCAAACGGGCCGCAAGCGGGGGCCGACGAAGCGACCCGUCCAGACGUAGAGGACGGGUUUAACAAAGUGGGCAACUCCGAGGUUAGGUGGUUGGACGAACUGGCGCUGAAUAGUUUGGAGGUUGACGGGGCUGUGCAUCUGAGCCUGAACAACGAGCCGCGGGUGAAUAGCACGGCGCAAGUGAGGCGGUUCCAGCAGGCGGGGCGCGAGGCGGCGGCGAUGCUCAAGGAGGGGGAGAGCGUCAAGGUGGUGUUCACUGUGGAGGACACUGGGAUCGGGAUGCCCAUUGAGGCGCGAAACCGUCUCUUCAAGCCCUUCUGCCAAGUCGACAGCAGCACCAGCAGAAACUUUGGCGGCACCGGCAUCGGGCUCAACAUCUCCCACCGCCUGGCCAAGCUGAUGAACGGGAGCAUGGCCGUCGCCAGCAAACUGGGCCGGGGGAGCCUUUUCCAGUUUGACGUCAGCCUUGACCGAGUUGACUCCGAAACCCCUGCCACACCGACCGUUCUUCCGGGGUACCAACUGACCCCAGCCUCGAAUUUCACCGACAAGAACGCUGUGGUCCUCGCCAAGAGCCCCGUCAAAGCCGAGGCGAUUGCGACCUACCUCCGUCGCUUGGGCUUCUCCGCGCACUCCGAACGGCUCGGUCCGGAGACACAGCCCCUCGUCGGGUCUAGCGCCCGCUUCCCUGGCCGGAGCAAACGUUACCAUCCUGGAGAAACCAACGGCACACCCCGCCGCAAAUCUCAGUCCGUCCGCUUCCCAGAAGACUUCGGAAUUGCCGACAUUUUGCACCGGGGGGAGGGGACGAAGUCCAGUUGCUCGGCGGGCGGUCGCGCUCCGUGAGUUUCUUUGAGGACGAGCGGGGGGGCAUCGUGGACUCUAGCUUGGACCCCCCCAGCACGGCGCCGGUGGAUUUGUUGGUCGUGGACGUCGACGGCGUGCCGAU